AUGGGAGCAGAUGAUAAUCUGGAGGCAGCAGCAAUUGUGACAAUAAAUGCCCUACGCGAGGUGCUCAAUGCCCAUCAAGCUGAAUCUGCAUGUCCCAGCCACAAGGACCUCAUUGUCUGCGCUGCAUUGGACAAAGCAAGCCAAGACCUUACACACCUUGAACGUGCUGACCUCCUCCAGCUCAAUGUUACAGCAUUGAAGUUGACAACACCUCUGCCGAAGUAUGUUGCACUUUUUGAAGGCAUGCCAGUUAUUUUGCGCAGCCAGAACCUGUCAACAGAAUUGGGUGUGACUAAUGGCACUCAAGGAAUAGUCCAGAAAAUCUUCACCGAUGUUUGUCCUACAGGGUUCAUGUAUGCCACUUGUGUGUUGGUGGAAUUCCCGCACAGCAAAGUUCAAUUAAGUGAACUGCCGAAGGGCUAUUACCCCAUUGUACUGUCGACAUGGUCAUUCACAACCUCUCUUGCACACACCACCGGCCAAAGCGAGAAGAUUUGA